AUGAGGGCUGCUCGUUGUGCUCCUCACGCUGCUCGCGCUGCUCUUCUCCCCCUCGCGACGACGACGACGACGAGUAGGACGAUUCAGACGAGAGGAGGAGGAAGAGGAAGAGGAGGAAGAAGAAGACAACAACAACAACGAGAACAACGAGGCAUUGGAAUUGGAAAACAGUUGGAAAUUCGAUGUCAACAAAAAAGCAGCGCGACGAUUCAAAGUAGUUCAGACGAUUCAGACGAAAACAGAAAGAAGAAGAAGAAAAAACGAGUGUUGGUAAUUUCAGGUCCAACGUCGGUGGGGAAAUCCUCCGUGGCCAUCUCCAUCGCGAAACGCGUCGACGGAGAAAUAGUCUCCGCCGACUCUGUGCAAGUGUAUCGAAACUUGAACGUCGGUUCCGCGAAACUUUCUAAAGAAGACAUGCAAUCGAUUCGACAUCACAUGUUGGAUUUGAAAUCACCUGUGACGGAAGAUUUUGAUGUCGGGGAGUUUUAUGAGUUAGCGAAUGGGUACAUAGACGAUAUUCACGCGAGAGGGAAAGUACCGAUCGUGUGCGGCGGGACCGGGAUGUACGUGAAAUGGUUAACCGACGGGAAGCCGAACGUGCCGAAAUCGACGAAAGAGAGCAGUUUGAGAGCAGAAAAGGAAGUGCGAGAGAUACGAGAUCGAUAUAGUAAUACUAGUAGUAAUAACGAUGAUGACGAUGAUGGGAAUAAAGCGCAGGCGUGGGAUGAAGCCAUCAAGUACUUAAAACAGCGAGGGGAUUCGGAAACCGCCGGGAAAUUAGCUCGAAACGACUGGUAUCGAUUAACGAGAGCGUUGGAAAUCUUAGACGUUUCCGGAGGAAAACCGAAAGGAUCGUUUCAACCAGUCAAAGAUGAGAGUAAACAGUUUCACUGUUACGCGUUGUCGAUGAACAGAGUCGAUUUAUAUCGAAGAAUGGAUCAAAGAGUCGAAGAGAUGGUUGCAAACGGCAUAUUGGACGAAGCGGCGUAUUUGUUGAGAGAAGGCGUGAAGCCGAAUACGAAUUCGGCGUCGAGAGCGAUCGGGUACGCGCAAGCGAUCGAUUAUUUACUGAAAUGUAAGCGUGAAAAAGAGAAUAACAGUGAGUCGUCGAUAAACAAUGACGCCACUUUACUCCUCGAGUUUAUCGACGAGUUACAAAGAGAAACGAGAAUGUACGCGAAGAGACAAUUCACGUGGCUUCGAUCGGAAAAGCAGUUCCAAUGGAUCGACGCGAGCGAGGGCGCUGAAAUAGCGAGCUCGCGAAUAUUUGAGAAGUUUAACAACGCCCAAAUCGAUGUUGAUGAUGAAGAAGAAGAAAUUAACGAGUCAAAUAACAACUCGUCCAUUUGUGAGGUCACUAAAGAAAUGGCGAACGAAUUGAAACGGUACCGCGUCGAGUUGAAACUCUUCCACGACGAAAGCAUUAGAAAAGCGACUGUUGAGCGCGUCGCCGAUAUAGUUUCGCGCAUGUAG